AUAUUCACCUCUAUUAAAGUUUAAACAUUAUAGUUUCGACAUUUUUGUUCUUCCCGACGUUUCCGUUUUUCUUUCUCGAUCAGUGUCCUUUUCAUCCCCUCUGAUGUUGCGUUCUAUUUAGUGUUGCUCUUGGAGCUCUUUCUUGUGAAAGUUUUACUUUUUUACCAGUCCAAUUUCAGUAUCCAGUAAUGUCUGCCCAGCAGCUCUUCAGUGCGAACAGGCAAACCGGAGCGAAUUACGAGAAGCGAGAUACUAGAGUCGCUAAUUUAACUAUAGCAGCAUGAUUAUACACACGUGGGACUGAUGUCGCUCGAACCUCACAUUAGCUCAAAUUUUGUAUGUUGAUUUGCACAACUAAGAGAUCAAAUGACCGUGGAAAUCCAUAAUAUUAUUGUGUAGUUUAGUGCAAGAGCCCAGCGAAUUCAUGGAGAAGAAUUUAAAAUAAUUUGACCAUGUAUUUGAUAUCAACACAACUAGGAAUGAGAAUUCCUGUGGUCUGCUCCCAGGUUUCCCAUCUAGCAAGUUCGAAUCGCAUGCUGUAUGUAAGGUUAGUUCAUCCAUGCAGUCAGUGUCAUAUGAGGAGAGAGGAGCGGUCUUUCAAGAUUCACGUCAGGACAUUAAGCCAAUGCAGCAGAAGAACUUUCCCUUCACAUUUUCUACAAACUUGCAAUGUAAACCAUCAACAUGGACGUACCCAUUUACAAAUGAACGCUAAGCAAAUACUAGGAAUCACCGCAAAACCGUCGCCUGUAAACUUAUUUCCCGUGUACACGUCGACACGCUCCUUUGGAAUCACGAUUUCCGGAGGGGAGGAGGCCACCUCAAGCAUAUACGUCCCCACCCCUACAGAAAAAUGCUACGAGCUGCUGGAGUACAUUCACGACAAUGCUGGACUGCCCUGGUGGCUGACUAUUCUGGCCACAACCAUUCUGCUGAGAGGGGUGGUUGUCUUCCCCUUUGCCGUGUGGCAGCAGAUGAUUUUUGCAAGGAUUGAGAAUGCUCAGCCGAUGAUCAAUGCCUACGUCGAGCAGAUCAAGCAGCAGCUAGCCAUACUCGCCAAGGAGAAAGGCUGGUCUCAGAGGCACAUGGCUAAGGUCUUUACUACUGAGGUCCGAAUGCUGGUCAGUAACGUCCACUAUCGCAACCACUGCAGUUCCUACAAGCUUUCUUACCUCCCCUUCUGGCAGGCUGGUGUGUGGUCGUGCAUGACCACCUCUAUUGGUCAGAUGACAGGGAAAUACCCAGAACUUUUCUCAACAGAACUCGACAUUGAUGUCUUACCAGCAUUGGCCAGCGAGGGCUUCCUUUGGUUUUCAGACCUUAUGCAGACUGAUCUCACUUUAGCAAUUCUUCUUGGGCUUGUUAAUGUCACCUUAGUUGAGCUAUGGUCACUGAGGAGAGGUCCGUUAACGAGAACCCAGCACUAUCUUCAGAAUACCUUUAGGAUAUUGGCCAUCUGUUCUGUACCAGCUGCUGCUAUGCUACCAUCGGCGGUGAGUUUCUACUGGUUGGUGUCCAGUCUAUGUGGAUUAGGUCAACUAGCUCUCUUAAGAAGUCCUCCUGUCAGACGAAAGUUAGGUAUCCCCCAUGCACCAAGCGAAAUGAAGAGACCGGUCGAUGAGAUGAAAGCAGCUCUUAAAGCCAGAUAUGCCAAGAAAGCCUUUUGAUCUACUUAGAAGUCUUCUUGUGAGACGAAAAUUAGGUAUCCCCCAUGCACCCAGCGAACUGAAGAGACCGGUCGAUGAGAUGAAAGCAGCUCUCAAAGCUCGAUACGCCAAAAAAAGCCUUCCGAUUCACCAGCAAGAAGUCCUCCCAUCUGCAGAAUGUUUGGUAUCCCUCAUGCCCUCAGCGAAAUGGAACAAACCAGUCGAUGAAAUGAAAGCAGCUAUCAAAGCUAGAUACGCCAAGAAAGCCUUUUGAUGCACCAGUAACAUUUAUUCAAUUAAGCCCCUAAAAAUACUGAAAACUUUGUCUUAGUUUUAUCUCUUAAAAGGAAGCUAAUCAACCUCACAGAAAUUUGGCUCAGAACAGGUAAAUAACUUGAUGUGUGUUGCAUACAGUCUAGUUUAAAAAAUCUUUUACUAAAGGCAAUUAUGUGACUAAGGGAACUUUGGGUCAGUUUAACUGUAUUAUGGAAACCAAGGUUUGGCUUAUUACUUUUAACUUUCACUGUCAUGGGAUAUAUUAUUGGUUUUCUAUCAUCAUUCCUAUUCCUCUUUAAUCCAAUGGAGACUGGUUGAUAUGGUAAUGAUAUGCAUCUUCCACACAUCCUCCAACUCAUUGAAGUGCUUCUAUUUGGGAAUGGCACACUUACUAAUGUAUUAUUAUUAUGUCAGGAAGAGAGAUCCCUGUUGAAAUGGAAUAAGCAAGCACUGCCACGUGAUCUGAGAGAUGCACAUCGUCAUUAAUCAUCUCUUUGGUGACAAGACCUUGUACCUCAAAUUAUGAGAAAAUCAUUUUUUUCAGGUCUUAGCUCUUAAUCUAAAAAAAAAAACAAUGAAGUCACUUAACCAUGUCAAUGAAUAGACUUCAAUUGGAUAUGGUGCUCAGGCAGUCACAUUAUUUUUCACUCUAAUGCUUCAAAAAUGUUGGAAAUGUGAUAAAAGGAUUAUUUGUCGCCUUUAUGACAUUUGCUGCUCCAAAGGGUAUGCUAAGAUAAAAAGAUAUUUCUUAUAUCAAACCUGUGAUUGAGUCUAGGAAUGUGGUGUAUGAUUAUGCCAAGAGUUCCAAUAUGGGAAUUGCUAUCAAAGCUUGUGUGAUGUAUUAUUAGAUAUUUGUUCAUAUUGUAUUGAAAAAAAUCUAUGAAAUGUAAUAAACAUGUUAACAAUAAA